AUGGCAUACAAUACCUUGGAAAAAUCGCGCGUAAUUAUUAAGAUUUUGGCCACCAUUGGUAUUUUGACAAACAAGAAGCUGCACCUAAAGCUAUCGAAAGUUCCACCAAUUUAUUACAAAUUGAUGAUACACGUACCGCUGACAUUUACAUACACCACCCUCAUGUGGUUGGAAGUUAUAUUUAGUUCGGAUAUAUAUGAAGCAACUGAUGUCCUUUACAUGGUCUUAACGGAAACGGCACUAGUGGUGAAGAUACUUAGCAUAUGGUAUCAUGAUGCAUUGAUUAAAUCCCUUUUUAAUGAAUGGCAACAAAAUGAAAUGUUCAAGUUGUAUACAACACAAGAAUUUUACAUGUGGCAGCCUGUACUAUUUCUCAACAGCUACGAAUUGCCAUUUCUCUACUGGACACCAUUUAAUUGGAAACAUCCGUCAAACUAUUGGUAUGCUUACUUUUAUGAAUUGUUUGCCAUGCCGUUGACAUGUCUAUCCAAUUGUACCUCGGACAUGCUUCUGUGUUGUAUGAUGCAGCAUUUGGCUUUGUACUUUAAGUUGAUAGCAAUGCGUUUGGAGAAUUUGGGCAACAAGAAAGGCGAAAUAAAUUCAGUUGUAACCAAAAAGCUGUUGACAAUAAUUAAAUUUCACCUUAAAUUGAAAAGCAUGUCCAAAUAUUGUGAACGAAUUGUAUCAUAUCCGAUUUUGGCUCAAAUUUUAUUAAGCGCCUUUGUAUUGUGUUUUAGUCUCUAUCGUUUGACAAACUUUAAUUUCAUAGAAGAUCCAGUUACAUUUUUCUCAUUGAUCCAGUAUGCUAUGGUUAUGAAUCUACAAAUAUUUUUACCCUGCUAUUAUGCCAACAAAUUGACCAUAGAAUCGUCUCGUCUUACAAAUAGUAUUUACAAUUGCAACUGGCCCGAGAUGUCGCCGUUUAAUCGUAAAUUAAUUUUAAUGUAUAUGCAAUCUCUGCAGAAACCUGUAGUCAUAAAAGCUGGUAACUUUUUUGAAGUCGGCUUACCAAUUUAUGCAAAGACCAUGAAUAAUGCUUACAGUUUUUUUGCUUUAUUACUCAAUAUGGAUGUUGAGUAA